AUGGCCGAAGCCUACGAACGCGAACAACAGAAUAACGCCCUCCUCAACUCCCUCUCGUCGAAAGUCUCGGCGCUGAAAUCCGUCACCAUUGAUAUUUAUGAUAAUGCGCGGGAUCAGGAGACGUUGGAUCAUUCGAACCAAGUCUUCUCGUCCCUCUCCACGAACCUGAAAGGCAGCGCGAGUCGGUUAACGCGCAUGGCGCGACAGGGGGAUACGGUGGCGGUGUUGAAGGUCGCGGGGAUUGUGGUGACGGUGGGGGUGGUGGUUUGGAUUGUUUUGGGGUGGAUUUUUUAAUUUCCCCCUCCCUCUCCCCACCUCUUCGCUUUUUAUAUGUUUGUCUUGGUUUGGUUGGGGUGGGCUGGCCUGGAGGGUUAAAUGAUGGGGUUGGGGAGGUAGAUGGGUGGAUAUAUCGGUGGGAUGGGGAGUGGUGGUAAUUGGUAAUUGGUGUUGGUGUUGGCUUGCGGGCGAGUUGAUACCUUCCUUUCUUUUGUUGUUGUUUAUUGUUUGGUACUUAUUGGGUGGUUGGGGAUAGGGAAAGGGGGAGGUGGUUGGGGAUGGAUGGGCUCUGUAUAGAUAUGGGUUGCUUUUCUUUUGUGCAGGUGGGUAUACAAGAUUCAGUUAGGUGACUUGCUGUCUUGUUGGUGCAGUGUAUUACAUAUAGAGACAUAUAGUAUUCAUUCAUGUG